UUGUCAAUUUUUUGUAGUCGUCGGCGGGGAGUUAUUGCGAUUUGUUUUAGACAAAUAAUGAAUUAAAGAAUAAAAAAAUAUCAGUUUUAUUUGUAAUGUGAUAAAAAUACGUAGUUUUUAUUUAGAUGAAUUGAAAAUGGAGGAUUCAAUUACUCCAUUGAGCGAAGCUUUGGAUGAUAACGAUGUCGAGUGGCAACCACUCGCUCUCACUUUGGUUGAGUACCCAAAAGGCGAUUGGAUUGGUAAAUUUUUUGCAUUUAUAAGUUUAUCGCCUUUUGGGAUCGGCGCCGGAUUUGUUGCGUUGAUAUUGUUUCGACGAGAUUUGCAUACUAUAGCAUUUUUCUGCGGGACCCUAGUCAAUGAGCUGUUGAACAUAAUAUUGAAACAUAUUAUUUGUGAAGCAAGGCCGCUUGCUAGAGGACAUUUGUAUAACGAGUAUGGAAUGCCAUCGUCACAUGCUCAAUUUGUGUGGUUCUUUAGCUUUUAUGUUUUGUAUUUUGUACUUAUUCGGUUGCAUCACAUAAACAAUAACAGUAUCAUAUCACAAGUGUGGAGGAUCAUCAUAGUUGGUGGUUGCAUGCUCCUGGCACUACUAGUGAGCAUUGGCAGGGUGUACCUACAUUACCACACCACCUGGCAGGUUGUUGUGGGAGCCAUUGUGGGCAUUCUGUUUGCUACAGGAUGGUUUGCAGUUGUCCAUAGAGUUUUCACACCACUGUUCCCUCAGUUGGUCUCCAUAAAAUUAUGUGAAAUGCUGAUGAUAAGAGACACGACAUUGAUUCCAAAUGUGCUGUGGUUCGAGUACACGACGUCGCGGCAGGAGGCUCGUGCUCGCGGGCGCAAGAUGGCGGCGUGCAAGCCGGCGCAAUGACGGUGCGCCUGCCUCGUGAGCCGCGACCCGCGACGCCGGCCGCGCGCGUGACGCUACGUUGCCGCCGCGGCCAUCGCGCUGGUCGGCGGCCUACUGCUCACACAGUUCGGGGACGACUCGCUCCUCUCGUUCUGAGACUAUUCCUAUCUACACUAUAAAUCGCGACAAUUUUCUCAGUGUUUCCUUGGUGACAGUUCCGUUCACGGUGUAAGCAUUUAUCAGAACCGAUCGCCUCGUAAAGAUUCGAGAAGUUGUCGUGAGCUAUAAUAGUCACGACCCAUGUCGUGUAUCACAUUCUGUUGUAUCUAUCGCAAUAAUUAUCUUUGUAAGCGACUCGAUACUCUAAUAGUAUUAGCGUUGUUUUUAUGGAUUAAUAGAUUCUAGGAAUGGAAUUUUUAAAGAUGUUUGUAUGAGAAAACAACUAGAAAUAAAGUUGAAUUAAAAAACCAUUGUGUCAAAGUAACUUUCAUGGUUUCGGCGGUUGUGUUGUAACAAAUUUAUAGGGUAUUAAUGUGAAAUGUAUAAAGCAGAUUGUUUGCUAUGAAGCAGCAAAAUAUUAAACAGUUUCAUUCUUACAAAGAGAAAGUUAAAUUGAAAAAGUCUGACUGGGAUGGGAUUUUAACCCACUUAUAUAAUGCAUAUUUUUGAUUAAAUCUUCAUGUUUUUAAAUGUUUGUAUCAAGUAUAAAUUGUUAAUUAAAACCAUUCAACUUAAUUUCGCUUCACAUGUGAUGGUUCUCUUAUUUAAGAUUUAUUGUGAUGAUUAUAGAUAAUUUAAAAGACAAUGCUAUUUUCUCCCAAUGAUAUGCCUCAAUGAAAUUUCUAUAUAUUGUAAUGUUUUCAGUAUCUAAAACUGAAAUUUGAUGUUAAAUGUAUGUGUAUAGUGUAGCAGGUCGGCGUAAUUUAUUAUGAAUCAGAUUUUGUAUUAUGCAUGUUGUGCUUGUUUAGUGUGUAAAACUAGUUUCUCAUCUCAUAAUCCUCUUCUGUGGUAAAGUUCGCAAACAAUCGCGACACACGAUUAUUACAAUGGAAAAUUAAGGGUGCUGGCACACUAAUAAACUAUUGAUAUUUCGAUUGAUAUUUAUCGAAAGACAUCAGGUGAUGAGAUUCAAUUAGACCUUUCUUGGUGGCUUUUAUAGGGCAGCUUCUAUUCAUACAGUACUAAUAAAGUUUUAUAUAAAUCAUGUCAUUGCACAUAUGCGAUAUUCAUUUCACAGAACACACUUCACCUAGUAACCGCGUAAAAUGAUCGUCAUUCUUAUUUCUCAUACGAUAAGUAUCUAAUCACAGUGUGUGCUUCCAAUUAAAGUAUUUGCUAAUUCUAUCGAUAUUUCAAUCAUUAUCAUUACACACUAUCGUAGCUAGUUCGAUUAAAUCUAGCUGUUUUUGUGCUCUAGUCAAUAUGACUGUGUACAUCGCGCCCCGUAUUUAUGUAAUUGAAAAUAUACUAGUUAAUAAAAAUAGUACACGCAAUGCCUUUAAACAUAUGCCUCAAAACAAAUCUGUACAUAGCAUCAUGAUCACUUACUUAGUUUUUAAAAGAGAUAUCGAAUGAUAUUGGGACAUUCAAUAUUCAAAUGCUGCCGGACGGCUUUUGACGGAUUUAGAACUGUAACAGGAGUGUGGUUUUUGGUAAAUACCAGUAAGCAUGUCGUUAAAGGAAAAGAAGGUUUGGUUCCAAAUGUGGAAGCUUGAAAUAUAAUAAUUGAAAUAAGGUUUGUUUAAGUGCACUUUACAAUAUUGUGCAAUAAUUCAUGUGGUCAUGAUGCGAUGUAUAAGUGUGGGAAUGUAAGUAUGCUCACUAGUAUCGGUAUCAUACAUUAAGCAACAUACCCACCUUGUUAACAUUUGUAAUUAUCCGCUAAAGAGUUUAAUAGUUCGAUUCGCUAAAUGUACAUGUUGUGUCGUUAACUUAUAAAAAAACUAAUUAAAAUUUAUAUUUUUACUUUUUUAGAAAUUGAGACAUUUUUUAAUAGAGGAAGAUAUACCUAUUUAGAAGAUUUGAUCGAUAUAUACUUAGUUGAUAAGUAAUGUAUUUGAUAGAUUUAGGUAUCAAACAAAAAAAUACAUAAGGCAUGUAUUUUGUAAGCAUAAUAAGUCUUGUCGCGAGAAAUAAGAUUUGUGUAUAUUUCGUACUAUUCAAAGGUAUAUGACCGAUGUUUUAUAUUUUAGAACGUCGUAAAAAAUAUACGGGCAAUAAAAAUCCGACAUAAUAUUUGUCGACUUUUAUGAAAUAGGCCCCAGAUCAGUUAACAGACAGACUAUAGUCGAAUAUGCAAAUGACGAUUUUCUAUAGGUUUUAGAAUUUAGUGCUCAAUGAUCCAGAUAUUCGUGUUUUUCCUAAACAACAAAAAAUGCUUGAUUUAUUAAACUAUUUAUCUAUCUUUGUUAACACGCACAUGCAAUAACCUCAUGACAUUGUGUAUUGUUAAAUUCUCAAAAUGUAAAUGUGCUGAUCAUAUUAUGAUAUUUUUCAGUCGAAGUCGAGAGUAUUUUAAAGUAUACCAAAAAUUAUCACAAAA